AGCUCCUCUCUAUAUCCCAGCACCUGCCACCAUGCAGCCUGCCACCCUAGUCUCCACUUGCUCCUUCCUCCUGCUGUUGGGGGUCUUGCCCGGCUGGACAGCUGAAAAUGACCCCAUUGGGAAGGUCAUUGAGGGCAUCAACCAUGGGCUGACCAGUGCUGAAAGGGAGAUGGGCAAGGCCCUGGAUGGCAUCAAUCGUGGGAUCACUCAAGCUGGCAGAGAAGUAGAGAAAGUGUUCAACGGCCUUAGCAGCAUUGGGAAGGAGGCUAGCAGGGAGGUAGACAAAGGUGUCCAAGGGAUCAACCACAGCUUGGACCAACUGGCCCACGGAGUUAAUCAUGCUACUGGGCAGGCAGGCAAGGAGACAGAAAAAGUGAUCCACGGCGCCAACCAAGGGGUCAACAACGCCGGGAAGGAGGUGGACAAGGGCAUCCACGAUGUGAAUCAUGCUGUCGGGCAGGCCGGGAAGGAGGUAGAGAAGUUUGGCCAGGGGGUCAACCAUGCCGCUGGGCAGGCCGGGAAGGAGGUGGAGAAGUUGGACCAAGGGAUCAACUAUUCUGCUGGGCAGGCCGGGAAGGAAGUGGACAGAUUUGGCCAAGGGGUCAACAAUGCUUUUGGGCAGGCCGGGAAGGAAGUGGACAGAUUUGGCCAAGGGGUCAACCAUGCUGCUGGGCAGGCUGGGAAGGAAGUAGACAGAUUUGGCCAAGGGGUCAAUAAUGCUGCUGGGCAGGCUGGGAAGGAAGUGGACAGAUUUGGCCAAGGGGUCAACCAUGCUGCUGGGCAGGCUGGGAAAGAAGUGGACAGAUUUGGCCAAGGGGUCAACAAUGCUGCUGGGCAGGCUGGGAAGGAAGUGGACAGAUUUGGCCAAGGGGUCAACCAUGCUGCUGGGCAGGCUGGGAAGGAAGUGGACAGAUUUGGCCAAGGGGUCAACAAUGCUUUUGGGCAGGCCGGGAAGGAAGUGGACAGAUUUGGCCAAGGGGUCAACCAUGCUGCUGGGCAGGCUGGGAAGGAGGUGGACAGAUUUGGCCAAGGAGUUAACAAUGCUUUCGGGCAAGCUGGAAAGGAAGUGGACAAGUUUAACCAGGGAGUCAACCAUGCUGCUGGUCAGGCUGGGAAGGAGGUAGAGAAAUUUGGUCAAGGAGUCAACCAUGCUGCUGGACAAGCAGGGAAGGAGGUGGACAGAUUUGGCCAAGGGGUCAACAAUGCUUUUGGGCAGGCUGGGAAGGAAGCAGACAAAUUUAACCAAGGGGUCAACCAUGCUGCUGGGCAAGCAGGGAAAGAAGUAGAAAAGUUUGGUCAAGGGGUCAACCAUGCUGCUGGGGAAGCAGGGAAGGAGGUGAACAAGUUUGGCCAAGGGGUCAACCAUGCUGCUGGACAGGCAGAGAAGGAGAUAGAGAAGGUUAACCAAGGGGUCAACCAUGCUGCUGGGCAAGCUGGGAAAGAACUGGAGAAGGUCAAGGAGGAUGUCCACCAUGGGGUCAACCAAGCCGGCAAGGAGGCCAACCAGCUGCUGAAUGGAGCUCACCAAGGAGCCGGCGGCAGCGGGGCAGGAGUCACACCCUUGUACUCUGGGGCCUCGGUCAACAUGCCCUUCAUCAACUUGCCAGCCCUGUGGAGAAGCAUCGUCAACAUCAACCCAUGAACUGACUGAUGGACUUGCCCGGCUGUGCUGAGCAGGCUCUGUGGAAUGGUCUUCCAAGUGUUUUUGAAGAACUUGGGGGGGAGGGCAUUGUGUGGGCGGGGAACCACUUCCGGGACGAAAGGAGUCGGGGUGGGGGAUUGUUAUAAAUGCCAUAAACUGGUACUCACUCCCCCUUUGUGUCCUCUAAAACAAUUUUCCUUUUUUAUUAUGAACCUAAAGACAAGCGUUUCCACAUAUCAGAGUACAUGUACCUGAAUGGGUUUGAAAAGCUUGUCAAGAAAGCAAAGGGAAUAUUUGGUAAAUAACUAUUUUCCUAUUUAAAUAUUCCCAAAGUUGUAGUGUUUAGUGAAAAAAAAUUUACAUUUAAUGACUUUAUGAUACUAAAAUGUUAUGAACACAAUAAAGUUUUCUUUACGAAAAUUAA